GGUUCGCUAAAUUUACUACACUACAGCUACAGACGGUCACUAGGCUCUGGUUUCUGACCGUACAGAAGAAAUUUUAGUACUUAAGCAACUGGAUUUCCCCUCCCAAAAUCUCUUUUUACUUACAACAUCUUCUUCUGGUUGACUACUACUUGACUUCAUCACACUCAAAACGAAAGUAUUCGAUCCACCUACAUCACACUUUAUCAUAAUACUUCCAACAAAACAGUUACAUUUCAACACCUUUAUCAAACACUUACCCAAUACCAAAACCUUUCCAAAUAUCAAAAUGGGAGCCAAAAAUGCUCGUGGCACCGCUGCCAAUGUACGCCCAUCCGCAGCUAUGUUUGCUGAGAUUGCUAGAAAGCAACAAGUUGCAUCCGACAUUGCCCAAGCUGCCAAAGUUCUUGCAGCUCAGCCUUUUGAUUUGAGCACACUUGCUUCCCACCCUGCUAUCGUGGUCUUUGGUGUUAAUGAUAUUGGCAUUCGAAUCGACAAGAAUACGGACAUGAAGACACUCCUCGAGGUCCUGCCACAGUACCAACCUCAUGUCAAGAACAUGGCCAUCGAAAUCCACACUCCUGCCCCACAUAGGGAGGCUCGUGAAAAGGUUACGAGCAGACUUGAAUCGAUGAAAUCAUUCUAUGAUGUCAUCAAUGGAUUCAAAUGGAUUCACCUCGAUGCAAAUGUAUUCCUCGAUACUUACAACUUCCCGCAGAUGAAAUUGGCGGCUGGCCUUUGGGGCUUGAACCGCAAGAGCUGGAAGUUAACCUAUGAGAUUCAUGGAUUUGAAGGCGACUACGUGAAGGUAACUGAUGGCUCUGAGUUCGGUCGUAGGUUAUCGGGCGUCUAUAAGAAGGAGUUCUUGAACGAACCCAAAGAACCAAAAGAGGCCAAAACCCCAGAGGAAUAGAUUUCAUAUCUGCGGAUGAACUCUAGUAACUCGGCCUUGUUCGAAAAGGUUCGGGUAUAUUUUUCGGGAGGAAGGGACGGCGACGGCUAAGAUUGCAGACAGUUUAGGGACAAUCCUGGGAAAGUUUCUUACAAAGAUGAAUUCCGGGGUACUUUUGAGGGGUUACAGGUUGCAAGCGCGUGGCAGGAAUGUUGGCACGGUUCAUCUUUUUAUUUCCUUUCUUUGCUUGAUUGGCUUUCAGGUCACAUAAUAAAAUGUAGCUUGCAGAAUGGUCUCA